AUGGCUUCCAAACUACCCAGGAUAACCAAUAUCAACCAUGCCGCCGGCAUCUAUGCUGACAUGUCGGUGGACGGUCCCGCAAUCGGCACGCUGGUCGCCGUCAUUGACCGCGCGAAGAAUCUGCCGAAUAGAAAGACUAUGGGGAAACAGAAUCCGUACUGUGCUGCGCGGUUAGGGAAGGAAGCUAAGAAGACAGAGACUGACCUGCGGGGAGGACAGACGCCGAAAUGGGACCAUGAGCUUCGAUUUACAGUGCACGAGUCACCUGACUACUUCAGACUCAAGGUAUCGAUAUUCAACGACGACAAAAAGACCGACCUGAUCGGCGAAACCUGGAUCGAUCUGAGAGACUUGAUCAUCCCCGGAGGGAGCCAGAGCGACCAAUGGCAUCCGCUGCAGUACCGAGGAAAGUAUGCUGGUGAAGUUCGCAUCGAGAUGACUUACUACGAUACCAGGCCAGAAGACGAGGCGGUGAUCGAACGGCGAACGCAAGCCGCCGAGAAGGUCCAUGCCAAGAGCAGUGGUUCGAGACCGGCCCCGGCCGCUCCUGUCAGCUCAUCGUCUUCUCUGUCGGGCCCUCGCCAGCUCGAGAAAGUCAAGAGACGGCCGCUUCCUAGCGACCCUACCGCCUCGACUCCUGCGCUGAGACCAGUUCAUCACGAACAUGCUCAUUCCUUGCCUGCUAUGAAUGGCGUCGAUCACAUGCGCUAUGCACAAAGGCAAGCACCUGAUGCUCCAUACGAUGCAUAUGCAUCCGCGUCGCAGCCUCCGCCCCCAGCAAAGGUGUAUGACACGCCUGACGACUUUCAUCGCGAGUGGAAUCACGCGGCGCCGGCCCAUCCCGCACCAGCACCUCUAAGGCGGUCUCCACAAGAAGAGAGCUAUCCGUACCGUGAGAGAUCCGAUGCCUAUGACAAUCGGCAACAUGCACGGCCACGUUCCGGCUAUGGCAAUGGACCGGCUCCGGAUUACCGCUCUAUGCCACCAAGCAGACCAGAGUACCAGUCCCAACCUGGACCGGACAUGCACCCAAGACAUGCAUACGAAUCUACCUCUCGCCCCACCAGCCAUCACAGCAACCGCCAAUUCCCUGCGCCAGAACAGUACGGAUAUGAGGAAGAUGCGUUGCGUCAUAGUCAUGGACACGAAGCUGCUCAAUACUCCCCUCAUUCAUCUACCAGAUCGUAUAAUCACUCCCCCAUCGACUACGCGCAAGGCGCUCCUCCGGCCCCGGAACCGGAACAUCACUACCGUCUGCAUAGCAACUCGGUAGCAAGCAUCAACAGCCGGCAUCGCAAUUCCAUUGCACACGAAAACUUCCACCCGCAAUAUGCAGCCAUGCAGCCCCGCGUGGACGACGAAGAAGAGGAGGGACCCCCACCUCCGCCCCAGCGCAUCGUACCGUCACCAGCUUCCUCGUACAAGGCUUACUCUCCAGAGUUUGCACCGUCCCCCCGCAAUACCAACGAUAUGACCGCGCUCCAGCCGCUUCGCCCGUUGCACGGGAACCGCCUACAGGACCACCCUCGUAUGAAGAAUCCAUCGGUUCCGCGCAGCCUGGUCGCCGGCUUUGACCCGGCCAUUGCCGAGGUGGAGGCCGCCCGUGCUGCCCAGGAAAGCCAAGCGAACCGGCGGCGCAGCUUCUUCGAGGAGGACGCCAUGAUCCGGACCGUCGAAUCGAAGCCUGCCUCAGUACCUUACCCUGACGAGACCGAUCCCCGGCGUUCCUUGGUUCUUAGGAAGUCUGUCAGUUCCGAAGCUCGGAUCGUCCCACGGCGCAAGUCGGUCAGCCCGCGACCACCCUCCACUGCGGAACGCCAGGUAUCUCAGAUCCCCUUCUCACCCGACUCGUACGAUGCGCUGAAUCCGAACGCGGCACGAUCUGCCGUCACCCGCGACACAGCCCCGGCGUAUGAGACGGUCGCACAGGCAAUGCAGACGGCCCGACUCAAUGAGAUGAAGCCGGAUACCUCAGGACCGAUCAUUGGUGACGAUGGGCGCGAGAUUGAUCCUUCGGAUCAUCUUCCUUCGGAUACUUGGGCGCCAGAACCGGAACGCAAGAACCGAAAGCCCGAGGUGAUUCUCCGUUUCAAGCAUCCCUCCGCCAGGGAAGUUGCGGGACCCCGUCCCCGGUCCAGCGGGACAUCCACUGUUGCGGAGUACCCGGAGCGUGGCCGGCAGGAGUACGGAGGAUAUGGACAUGGACGAAAUUAUAGCACGACUGAGGCGGCACGGCCGCGAUCUUCGCACCGCAAGUCCGUCUCACCAGCGCCGAGUGCGCGCUCCUCGCACUCUGUUUCUAGCCUGUACGCCAAUGUCGGGCCACCCAUCCCGGCCAAAGUCCCUAUUGCACCUCCAGCGGGGCCAAGCUACCCGGUAAUGGGCGGCCAAACCGGCAUGGAUGCACUGAGUCGGGAGCUGAACAGCAUUGACCUGGGGUCUGUGGGAUGUAGUGUCGUUCGAGCGCCACGAAAAUACGUCCCCAAGACGAUAACGUACGCUAUGUGA